UGGCUGGCUUACUCCUAUCCAAAACUCCUGAAGGACCCAAACUUUUCUGGCCCUCCUUGAAUUCUUCCACUCAUCGUUAUACUCUUUGUAGACUACGUGCAAGCUGACAUGCUCAUCUUUUGAGAAGUCCUGGAGCGGAUGAGAGCAGCGGACCAUGGCCUCGAGCGCUGUAUCUGUAAAACGGUCGCUGAUCCCGCUCUGUGUGUGGACAGUUUUGGCAUCUGCCGUACACGCGCAGUACGAGAAAUACAGUUUCAGGAGCUUUCCACAAAAUGACCUCAUGCCCCUUGAGUCUGCGUAUGGACAUGCCUUGGACCAGUACGCCGCACAGAACUGGAGGGAGAGUAUCAAGUAUUUGGAGCUAAGCUUGCGUCUACACCGGCUCUUGAAAGACAGCGAGGCGUUUUGUAGCCAGAACUGCAGCAAUGUCAGCCGAGACCCAGACCCCCUAUUUGCCGACAGCAAUCUCCGGGUUCUGCGGCACGUUUUACUCCGGGCAUCCUGCCUCAAAAAAUGCAAGGAGGACUUUCCCGUUUUCAAGAUGUCCUAUCCCAAGAAGAAUAUUCUGGAUGCCUUUGAACAGAGACUGCCUUACCGGUAUAUACAGUACGCGUAUUACCAGUUAAACAACCUGGAGAGGGCUGUUUCUGCAGCCCACACCUACCUCCAGAAGAACCCCAACGAACCCUUCAUCUCCAAGAACAUGAACUACUACAAGACCCUCUUCGACGUGGAGGAGUACCUGAUUGACCACGAGGAGCGACCAUAUGAGAGUGUUUUCCUGAAGUCGGUGAAGCUCUUUAACUCGGGAGACUUCAGCAGCUGUGCGAGGGACAUGGAGCUGGCGGCCAGCGAGUUCUUUAAGGCGUAUGACCUGUGUCUGGCGGGCUGUGAGGGGGUCUAUGAGGUCACCGAGACCAAAGACUUCUACGCUUCCCUGGCAGAUCUGUACAAAGACGCUCUGCAGUGUAAGGUGCAGUGUCAGGCCAGCCUGACGCCCAACGUGGGGGGGUACUUUGUGGAGAAGUUUGUGGCGACCAUGUAUCACUACCUGCAGUUUGCCUAUUACAAGCUGAAUGACGUGCAGAACGCCGCUCCCUGUGCUGCCAGCUACAUGCUCUUUGACCCUGACGACCAGGUGAUGAAGCAGAACAUGGUGUACUACCGUUUCUACCGCGAGCAGUGGGGAUUGGAGGAGAACCACUUCAAACCCCGCCCAGAGGCACUGCGCUAUUUUAACCAGACCACUACGCAAAAGGAGAUGCUGGAGUUUGCACUCAAUUACCUACAAACAGAUGACGAGGACACAGUGAGCCCAGAGGAAAGCAUUGUGGGACCCCCAGACCCCCCGGAUGUGGAGUUUGAAGGCCCGGGGGACUAUGAGGAGUCCUUCUAUGCAGAGUGGUGGCAAGAGCCCAAAAGCAAGGGGGACAUAGGAGAGCCUGCGGAGUGACCUAGACCUGCACCAGGACCUGCACCAGGACCCACACCAGGAUGCAUGCCAAAGUCUGGAUAGGCUGCGGGUAGACUGGACUCUGGUCAAAACCACCCACAAACGGGACAAAUCCAGUCAAAUCCAGCCCCGCCCACCCCAAUUCAGCCCCACCCAAUUCAAUCCAGCCCCACCCAGUCAAAUCCAGCCCCGCCCCCCCAAUUCAGCCCCACCCACUCCAAUCCAGCCCCGCCCAGUACAAUUCAGCCUCGCCUCCAAUUCAGCCCCACCCAAUUCAAUUCAGCCCCACCCACUCCAAUCCAGCCCCGCCCAGUACAAUUCAGCCUCGCCUCCAAUCCAGCCCCACUCACUGCAAUCCAGCCCCACCCAGUCAAAUCCAGCCCCACCCACUCCAAUCCAGCCCCACUCAGUUUAAUCCAGCCACACCCACUCCAAUCCAGUCCCACCCACUCCAAUCCAGCCCCACACAGUCAAAUCCAGCCCCACCCACUCUAAUCCAGCUCCACCCAGGCCAAUUCAGCCACACCCACUCCAAUCCAGCCCCAUCCAGUCAAAUCCAGCCCCACCCAGUCCAAUUCAUUACAUUACAUUACAUUACAGGCAUUUAGCAGACGCUCUUAUCCAGAGCGACUUACACAACUUUUACAUAGCAUUUUUACAUUGUAUCCAUUUAUACAGCUAGAUAUAUACUGAAGCAAUUUCGGUUAAGUACCUUGCUCAAGGGUACAACGGCAGUGUCCUACCCGGGAAUCGAACCUGCGACCUUUCGGUUUCCGCCACAGCCAUAUCACCAUCUACAAUAAACACAAAACGAGACGGCAAUCAUGAUUCAAGAUAUUGCUUUUUGAAGCUUCUGUUUACAUGUUCAUAGUCCAUAUCCGACGUGUGCCACUGUGACAUGUGCCACUUUUACCAGGCUGUGUAAACGUAGCCCAGCUUUCCCCAGUUCAGCCCAGACAGAGAGAAAAUCAUGAAGGAGGACGCAUCCACAUAGAUGCCUGACCUCCUUCCUCCAUCUCUACAGAAGGAAGUAGCAGAAUGAUCCAGCCUGUUUAUUCAGCCAAAGUUAUUUCUCAUUCAUUUACACACUCUGACCGAAGGACCGGGGUUUUUUUCAGCUUGAAAGGUGUAUUAUAAUUAUUGCCUUUGUUGUUAUCUUUAUUUAAUUGUUAAUCCCGAUUGUGCCUUGGCCCUAUGUUAGAGGGCAGUGUUCUGUGAAGCAGUUUUGCAUUGAAUGAGCUGUUCUGUCUCGCACAGUGCCAGAAUUCUGUCUGUAUUCUUGCAGUCCUCUGUCAGGCAGUUAUAUGCAAAAUGUGUCAACUGAGGAUGGAAAAAAUAAAGUGGCAUCCUGCUUUA